AUGGGAAAUGAUUAUUUCAGUGUACCGAUUUUCUUCAUCGUCUUCCGAGAGACGAUCGAAGCUGCUAUCAUCGUCUCGGUUCUGCUCUCUUUCGUUGAGCAGUUGAUGCUUACUGGAAAGUUGAACAACAGCAGUCCUUCAAUCGACGAUGCUCAAAUCGGAAGUACAGAUGAUGUUGAUAAGAGGAAGAAGUUGAUCAAAAGAAUGAGAAUCCAAAUCUGGGCUGGAACUAUAACUGGUUUCUUACUUGCUUUGGCUAUUGGUGCUGCAUUCAUCGCUGUCUUCUACACCAAACUUGAUGAUCUAUGGGCCAAGACUGAACAGAUCUGGGAAGGUAUUUUCUCCAUCAUCGCAGCAAUCAUCAUCUAUAUUAUGGGUAUCGCUUUCCUCAAAAUGGACAGAUCUCGAAUCAAGUGGAGAUUCAAGCUUGCUGCUGCAUUUGAUGCUUCUCAAGCUAAGAUGACUUCGGCUGAAGCUCAAACAAAGGAGGGUCGAUUUGAAAAGAGAGAAGCUAGAAGUGGAAAAUGGGCUUUGUUCCUUCUACCUUUCAUUACUGUUUUGAGAGAAGGUCUUGAGGCUGUGGUAUUUGUUGGAGGUGUUUCUCUCAACAUUCAGGCUGUUUCCAUCCCCAUUCCUGUCAUCGUUGGCAUUAUCGCUGGUCUUAUUGUCGGUUACGCUAUCUACAGAACCGGUUCUACUACUACUCUUCAUUGGUUCCUCGUCGGUUCUACGUCCUUCCUGUUCCUCAUCGGAGCCGGUCUCUUCUCCAAGGGUAUUGGAUAUUUCCAAUACUACCGAUUCGCCAGUGGUGUUGGUGGUGAUGUUGCUGAGACUGGUGAUGGUCCCGGAAGUUUCCAGGUUGCAGGUAAUGUCUGGCACUUGACUUAUGGAAAUCCUGAAACUGGUUCUCCCACUACCAACGGUGGAUGGCAAAUCUUUAAUGCUAUCUUUGGAUGGAACAACACAGCUACUGUUGGAUCUAUCUUGGGAUACGUAUUUUACUGGAUCGUCAUCAUGAUCACUCUUGUCUACCUCAGAUGGAGUGAAGGUCGAUUUGCUCUUGUCUACCCUACCAGACAGAAUGGUUCUAUCGCUUGGGCAAGGAAGGAGUCAGAAGCUCUAAGAAGACGAAGAGCAGGUAAAGGUCCCGAACAAAGUCCCGAGAAAAGUCUUCAUCGAAGAGAGUCAGAAGGAUCAGAAGAGAAACACGCAAAGACUGAACCUGAAACUCCUGGAUUGGGCGUACCCACUCUAUCUAGUGCUAUCUAA